GUGUGUGUCUCCCUGUGUGUGUCUCUCCCUGUGUGUCUGUCUCUCCCUGUGUGUGUCUGUGUGUGUGUCUCUCCCUGUGUGUGUGUGUGUCUCUCCCUGUGUGUGUGUCUCUCCCUGUGUGUGUGUGUGUCUCUCCCUGUGUGUGUGUCCGUCCCUGUGUCUCUCCCUGUGUGUGUGUGUCUCUCCCUGUGUGUGUGUCCGUCCCUGUGUCUCUCCCUGUGUGUGUGUGUCUCUCCCUGUGUGUGUGUCCGUCCCUGUGUCUCUCCCUGUGUGUGUGUGUCCCCCUGUGUGUGUCUCUCCCUGUGUGUGUCUCUCCCUGUGUGUGUGUCUCUCCCUGUGUGUGUGUGUCUCUCCCUGUGUGUGUGUCCGUCCCUGUGUCUCUCCCUGUGUGUGUGUCUCUCCCUGUGUGUGUGUCUCUCCCUGUGUGUGUGUCUCUCCCUGUGUGUGUGUGUGUCUCUCCCUGUGUGUGUGUGUGUGGUGUCUCCCUGUGUGUGUCUCUCCCUGUGUGUGUGUCUCUCCUGUGUGUGUGUCUCUCCCUGUGUGUGUGUCUCUCCCUGUGUGUGUGUCUCUCCCUGUGUC